AUAAUUGUAGGCCUGUAUAUGUUCAAAAGCAGAGGCAGACAAGCCCGCCCAGUUCUACUCUCUCUCCCUCCGUCUGUGUUGUCUGUCUGAGGGACGAGUAAGCUACUCUACUUUCAUUGCUCCGCUGAGAGCGACGUGACGUAGGGACCCCGAAAAACUCGGCGGAAAGUUAGCUUGUGAAAAACAUCCAUCCGCCAGUUUGCCGAAACCCGGAAUGCACUUACUCACUUCAGUGUCUAUCAUUCUCAGUUGUGGAUAUGCAAAAAUACUUUUCACGUCGCAAUGUCUGUACCAACGGGGCGCUUUUCGCUCUUUGUAUUGUGCUGCUGAACAGCUUUGCUCGUGCCUCUGAGGACGAUGAGGUUUUGGGGGAAAAACAACUUACCGAGCUGUACAGUAAAGAUGCGUUCAUCCUGGAGAGCGUGCAGCUGAAGCUUUGCGUGACCCUGGACGACUCCUCGGGUCUGGAGCUGUCCAGCUGUGAGCGGCCCACGCGGGCCAUGCUGUGGAAGUGGGUCUCCCGGCACCGCCUCUUCAACCUGGGCAACAGCAUGUGCCUGGGCGUCAACACCACCAACGCGGCGCAGCCCCUGGGCACCUUCGAGUGCAACGCGCCACUCCGCAACAUGUGGUGGCGCUGUAACGGGAACACGCUCUACGGAGCCUCGCAGUUGAAGCUGGCGCUGACGGGCAUGAAGCUGGCGGUGAAGAGGAUGGCGUACCACGAGUGGCGGAGGUACUCCACUUCUGGGGAGGGACCCUGCGCCUACCCCUACGAGCAGAUCCACACUCUGCUGGGUAAUGCCCAUGGGAUGCCCUGUGCUUUGCCAUUCAAGUACAACUACAAGUGGUACUCUGAGUGCACCAGCGAGGGGAGAGAGGACCAGCGCCUCUGGUGUGCCACCACCAGUCGCUACGACCAGGACGAGAAAUGGGGCUUCUGUCCAAGCCCAGAUUCAGGUUGUGACGGCCUAUGGGAGACCAACCAGGAGCUGCAUGCGUGCUACCAGUUUAACCUGUACACGUCUGUCAGCUGGAGUCAGGCCCACGCCUCCUGCAGAGCUCAGGGAGGACACCUACUCAGCAUCACCAGCCUGGCAGAACAGAAGUACAUCAGGGACAGACUUGCUGAUGUUGGGGUGAUGGUCUGGACCGGACUAAACCAUCUGGGCAAGGAAGGGGGGUGGCAGUGGUCUGAUGGAUCUCCCCUCACUCUGAUUGACCUUUUCUCAACCGUGCCCCCCACCCCUGUGCUGGCCAGUCGGCAGUGCGGUGUGUAUAACCACGUCUCGGGGACGCAGCAGUGGAUGAGUCUGUCGUGUGAGUCGGCUCUGUCCUACAUCUGCAAGAAGACCCCCAACAACACCCGCCGAGCCGAACCUCUAGAGAACUGGCAGUACCGGGCCACGGUGUGUCCCAAUGACUGGGUGGCCCAUAACCGGUUCUGCUACCGGGUCCUGGAGGAGCACCGGAGCUGGGACAACUCCAGCAGCGCGUGCCGCUCGCACAGUGCGGAGCUGACCAGUGUGCAGUCGCUCUCCCAGCUGGAGCUUCUGCUCAGCCUGCUCACCAACGUGUCAGCUCCAGCUGUGUGGAUUGGUCUGUUCAAGUCAGCAUCAGCAACAUCUGUAGAGUGGUCCAACGGCUCGCCCGUUUCCAUGACAGUCUGGCACCAGCAGGAACGGUUCCUGCAGGCCCAUAACGCCCGUGUGUGUGGCAAAACCGACCCACAGGGGAACUGGCUGUUGGGAGACUGUACUGAGAAGCUGCCGGCGGUGUGUAGAACCUCAGGCCUUGUGCCGCAGCAUCCAUCAGGGGAGUGGGAUGAAGGCUGCCCAACGGGUUGGAAACGCAAAGGUCACAACUGCUACCGGCUGACAGAGGAAGAUCAGACGUUUGAGGACGCCAUGAAGAGCUACUACUGCAAGGCCCCUCUGGUCACUGUGGAAGACAGGUUCGAGCAGGCCUUCUUGAGCAGUCUGCUGGAGAGCUCGGGCGCGUCCGAGGGCCAGCAUUACUGGACGGCCCUGCAGGACAUGAACAAGACCUGGGAGUACAGUUGGCUCCACCAGAACGGCACCACACUACCACUCAGCUACACCAACUGGAACAGUCACCAACCAGUGAGUGUUGGAGGGUGUGUGGCGAUGUCUGGAGGUGUAGCCCUGGGUCACUGGGAGGUGAAAGACUGCAAAUCCCAGAAGGCUUUGUCUGUGUGCAAACAGAGUGUGAGCGGCUAUGAGGACCUGCACCUGCCCCUGCCCCAUAUAGACCUGUUUGCCCCCUGCCCAGAUGGAUGGGAGACCGGUCCUCAUUUACUCCACUGCUACAAGGUGUUCCAUGAUGAGAAAGUGCUGAUGAAGCGAUCCUGGCCCGAGGCAGACUUCUUCUGUCAGGCGCUGGGUGCCAACCUGGCCAGCUUCCUGCACUAUGAGGAGGAGACGUUCCUGAAGACGACCAUAUCCAAAAUGUUUGAGGGAACAGAAGGCCGAUGGUUCUGGGUGGGCUUCACCAAGAGAGACCCCAAAUCUGCAGGGUCCUGGGAGUGGUCCGACGGCACGCCGGUGGUGACGUCCUUCAUUGAGGAUAAGAAUGAGGAGGAUGAGAACCAUGAAUGUGCGGUUUACAGCGACCUCACCAACCACCUCAACCCUCAGCCGUGCAGCGCCAAACAUGAGUGGAUCUGCAAAGUACCCCGAGGAGCAAAGCUGAAUGAGCCAUAUUGGUACAACAGCCAGCAGGCACCCUGGGUGUUCUACCGCGGGGCGGAGUAUUUCGUGGCCAGUCAGCUCUUCCCCUGGGAGUCGGUGUCCUUCGCCUGUAAGAUGAUGGGAGCUGACCUGGUCUCCAUCCACUCCAAAGCUGAGCUCAACUUCAUCUGGGAGCGCAUAGCCAAGCUUCCGCAUGGUCCUACAGAGUGGUGGAUUGGCCUAGCGAUGGAGAGCGGUCAAGAAGUUGAGUGGACAGAUGGGUCACCUUACAUCUACUCCAACUGGCAACCGCAGAACAGAAGCAGCCAGAGCGCCAGCAGGAGGCGCUGUGCCUAUAUGUCUUCACAAACAGGAGGCUGGUUUGCUCACCCCUGCACUGAGCUCCAUGGUUACGUGUGUAAGCGCCUGACUGCGUCUGUGAUGGAGGUUCCCAGAGAGCCCCACUACCUCGGCGCCUGCCCCAACAACUGGUUCUACUUCGGACACAAGUGUCUCCUGUUGCACCUGCCGAGCCGUCCUGAGGAGGGAAAGAGCUGGAAGGAUGCCCAGUCCAUCUGCUCCGGCUUCCACGGCUCCCUGGUGGCCAUCGAGGACGAGAUUGAGCAGGCCUACAUCACCAUGCUGCUCGAUGGCAACUCAGCGGGCGUGUGGAUUGGCCUUCGCGACGAGGACACCAUGAAAUGGGCCAAUGGGAGGCCAGUUACGUACACCAAUUGGUCCCCAAUAGAACCCAAGAGCUCUCUCACUCAGGAGGAGUGGCUUGGCGGUUCUCUUGGCGGUGAUGCACCUCUCUGCACGCUGCUCUCCAACAACCACAACUUCCACUUCACAGGGAAAUGGUACGACGAGACGUGCACCGAGAGUGGCUACGGCUUUGUGUGUCAGAAAGCACAAGACCCCAGGAAGCCACCCACUCACUCCUACCUGCCUGGCUCCUUGGAGGUCUCGGAGUACAAGAACCGCAGCUACCGCCUGGUGCACGGCAACAUGAGCUGGUACGCCGCACUGAGCGCGUGCGUGGAGCAGGAGGCCGAGCUCGUCAGCAUCACAGACCCUUUCCACCAGGCCUACCUCACCGUGCUUGUCAACAAGCUGGGCUUCCCCCACUGGAUUGGGCUCUAUAGUCAGGAUGAUGGCAUAAACUACCAGUGGUCGGACAGCAGUGACACCUUGUACACGCACUGGGACGCGGCAGACGAUGACGAUCAUGUGGUGGGAGACUGUGUCUACAUGGACACCACAGGAGGCUGGAGGAGGGCCGAAUGCGAGAUGACCCUCAAGGGGGCGCUGUGUCACAUCCCGCCACCCAAGAGUAAUGCCUUCUCCCACGGCGUGGAGUGCUCCUCCAGCUGGGUGAAGUUCAGGGGCAGCUGCUACAACUUUGAGCCCGUGCUUCAGAGACUCGGGCUGGAUGAAGCCAGAGAACACUGCCAACAGAAAGGGAAUUCUUCAGAUGUGCUGACCAUUAGGAAUGAAGAGGAGAGCCGCUUUGUACUGGAGCAACUCGGCUCCUACGGACUACCACAUCAGACUGUGUGGCUGGGCAUUCUCUUUGACACUGACGCCGAUACACUGACCUGGGUGGACGGGGCAUCUCUGGACUACUCCAGCUGGCAUUUCAGAGCCCCCGAUGCCAGCGUGCUGAGGCCAGACACGUGCGUGUCUCUGCGUGUGUCCGACGGCGUGUGGAACCUGGCCUCCUGCACUGACCAGCUGGGCUUCGUCUGCAAGACCAAAACAGUGUCAGACAGAGCUGCUGAAGUGGAGGUCCAGCCCCUGAAUGGUAUGCAUCAUGGUGCUGUGCUGUUGGCGGUUCUGCUGGCCAUCCAUCUGUUUGGCCUGCUGGCCUGCACAGGCUGGUUUGUCUACAAGAAGAUGGGCUUCCGACGCCUGACGUCUCUGGGGCCGGCCUACUACAGACAGAGCAGCUCCCAGUCCACCGAAUCAGACGGGAAUGUGCUCAUUGCAGACCUAGAGUUGACUGCAGGAGAAUAGGGCUUUUAGGUGUGUGUGUGUGUGUGUGUGUGUGUGUGUGUGUGUGUGUGUGUGUGUGUGUGUGUGUGUGUGUGUGUGU